AUGGCGGAACAGACCAUCACGCCAGCGGAGCGCAUACGCGAACUGUCCGCUAUUAACACAGAUGUCGCCGUAAUGCUUACGUCUGCUGGACAAGCAAUCAACGCCCUCACCAACAGACCCGCCAGAGCCGCCGAUGGAGACGCGCAAAUGACGGACGACGCGAGCAGUACCAUGGAUGCGCAUAAGAAGGCUUUCACAGAGAACACUGAGGCCUACUUCAUCAACGUUCAGGCUGUCUUCGCGCGACUGAGGCGACAGGCAUAUGCGUUGGAAGAGGCGGGCAUCAUUGACUCCGACGACUCGGCACUGGCCACUACAGUUCCUCGCUCAACGACAGGCCCUGUAGAACCACAGGCUCGCGGUACGCCGCCGCUAGCGCCGAAGCAAGAGCCCGUGCGUAUCGUGAAUGGUGGGCUUGGGAAGUUCGAUGUGGGAUGGUUGAAUAGCAGGGGUAACAAGGUUGGGGAGGAGAAGGAAGCGGAGUUGAUACAAGAGGCGAAGGAGUUGCUGGAGGAGGUCGACUCGCUGCGCACCUCGAAUUUGUGA